UAGUCAACAUUCUGUUGCUACAACCCAAACAGUCUGAAAACCUACAAAUUGCAAUGUGCAUCUAGUUUAAAAGAAAGCUAAACAUGUGUAGCGUACAACAAAUGCCCUGUGAAUUCAUAACUGGAGAGUGCGCAUCAGCCACAAUUGCCGUGUAGCGUGCAUUGCGAGCGCGCCGCUUCCACAUUACAGUUAACAAUUUUUGCGCAUGAUGAACAAUUGCAUCAACGUCUCAGAUGAAACCGUUUCUGUCGCGGUCAGCGUCAAUAGCGACGCAACGCCAGCGCAGCCGGAAUUCGUGCAUCUGACUGAGACGCGCCGUUAUAUUUAUAGAGUGAUUGCCGCCGUCGACGAUGAGAGCUUCAGCCGCCUUAUUAAUCGCCUGCUCAGACAGUUCGAGGGUGCCAUACGGGAGGAGCUGGAAAGCACACAGAACUCGCCGCUAUUGUGUCGCAAAUUGGCACGCAGCAUAAUUGGCCUCACACACCUAAUACAUACGCUACUGGUACGCCGUGCGCCAGAGAGCAGCAGUUGUCCCUCGAUCUGUGAGCGCUGGUGCUUCAUUGUGGCCAACUACAUUGCCUGCGAGUUGUGCGCCGCCCAGGAUCGUGUCGAGAACGAGCAGUCUAUCAUCGAGCGAAUCAGCAGUAUGCUCAGCUUAUAUAUUGAGCGCUCGGAUGUGGGCUCUGCUGUCUACAAGAAGAACACACUGUGCACACUGAUUGCGGUUCCAAAGCUGUUUGGCCAGGCGAACAUCAUUACCGUCUUCUACAGCCGGCUUUUCCCACAAUGGAGCACAGCUUUCAGCGAGCUUAGUCAGGCAGAGCUCCCAGAUAAAAUAUACAUCGAAUACAUCAUCAUAUUUUAUUACUGGCAACGUUUGGAGCGCAAUGGGGCGACCAAGCAGCGUAUUUUCGAAUUUGCGAUCAAAUUUAUGCGACCACGAUCCACGCUUCCUUACAAUCCCGCCUACAUCGAGCAUUUGCCCAAGUAUUCCGAUGCCAGCACGGCGACUCGUUGCAUUUUGGAAUAUCUAAGCGUUAAGCAGUGCUGCCGAGGAUUACAUUCUGCCAGCCGGCUGGACAAUCGAUCUCUGCAACCAAAUGAACUAAUUGUUGACUCCGAUGAGGAGGAUGCCGCUUCUGAAACCAGUUUAUUGUUGGUCAGCGUUUUGAUUUCAACACAACAACAGCAGCAGCAAUCGGUGCCACCGCCAGUGCCAGAUCCGCCUGAUUUUUUGAAGCGUCUCUGCUGCAAUGCGCGUCGUCUGGAGCCAGAGAAACGUGCGGCGGCCUUGCAUCGAGGCUUCGACAGCACGAGCGAAGUUGUGAAUCUCUGUCAGUCGGACGAGGAAGAGGAAAUGUUCUCGCUCGACUUUAGUGUGCCGGCCAAUGUAGAUAGCGAUGUUGGAGCGGAAGGAGACGAUGACUAUGUGCCCACAACACGCAUCUAUCCCAGCAAUUUGCGCACAUAUCAGCGUGUGACAAGUAGCGCCACAACCAUAGCUUCCCCUGCCUCUGACGUAGCGAUUUACACAAUACCGCGCAUUGUCAACAGCUACAGUUUUCGUCGGGAUAGUCUGCAUAUUGUGUCAACAACUCAGGUCUUGCCAUACCAUGUCGAUCAGUGCGUCCAAACGGCGGAGGAGGUGGAGGAGGAGGAGGAGCAGGAGGAGCAGCAGCAGCAGCAGCAGCAGCGGGAGCAGGAGCAGCAGCAGCAGAUGCUUAGCUUUGAUAACAAUGAUGCCAUAUCCAGUUGUAUGCCUUACUCCGAAACGAGACCGUCUGACAGCACAACAGCCACCGAAUUGAUCUAUGAAGACAGCUUCACAAGCAGACAAAGCAGCCAGGACAGUACACAAAUUGAAUUGAAUGACAAUCAUCUACACUGCCAUCAGCCAUCUAGUCGUAAUAGCCAUAGUAGCGAUGCGUCGCUGCAAAAGAAACAGGUCACAUUUAGUGCACAACAUUUGCCCGCCUCCAGCAGAUCCCAGUCAAAGCAAUGCAUUACAUCUAUGAAGCCGUCAAUUAAACGUUACAAAAAUGCGAAUAAUACAUCACCAAGCUCAUCUAUGGAUUACAUAGAAUCCCUCAAAUUGAUGGGCCGCAAAGAACAUUUGCUUGCCGGCCAGCGUAUGUUUAGCAAACUGGAAUCGAAGAAUAUCUGUGAUAAAGGAACUAUCAAUUCGAUGUCUUCCAGCGGCCGCCAUGCGCGAAAAGCACCACUUAAGAAGCAGACAUGCUCAACAAUCACAAUAGCCAGGCCCACACCCAAACUCACAUUCACGACCAUGUCCACGUCCCCGCGCACACCGAUACCCACCAUUCAGUGUACGCCGACGACCAGCAAUGCCUCAAGUGGCACGCCGACACCGCAACUGAACCGAAUUCAGGCGAGAGGACCACAACGUUCACUGCCCACACCGCCAGCAUCCACGCACAGUUCGAUUGACACAUGUCUGCGUCAUCCGAAAUCGUCCGAGCACCUUCAGCACUCAGCUGACUUUCAGCAGGUGCAAGCUUUGGGCAGGAAAUAUAAAUUCAGCCGUCGGAAGUUCACCGAUAGCUCCCCGGAAAAUGUGGAGUUCUACAAUAGUCUUCUCAAAUUACAGCGCAGCAAACUGCUGGCGAAGCGACAAUCCAAUGCUAAAGUGCCGCCUCCAAAGUCUGAACUGAAGCUCAAGAAGCAACUGAUUGCGGCAAAUAUAAAGGUACGUGAGGAUAUCGAGAGGCUUGAGGGCGAAGUGGAGUUAAUCAAGAGGCAUGCGGUGCAGACACGAGCAGAUAUGAUUGCAGCGAUGUCAAAGGUUGUUGUAAGAUUGAAGCGUUGUCACAUUGAAGACUUUGCAAUGCCGCGUAGCAGCGUGGAGGAAGACAGAAAUGAGGUAACAACGCAACUUAUCCGGCCCAAGAAGGCUAAGGUGACCAGAAGACGGCGUCACAAGCCAUGGACGCGAAAAAAACACAUGAAUAAGGAGACACAGCUGGCUCUGGUGGCAACUUCAAUGUCCGCAUCUGCAACUGCAACAGCCAUAAGUCCUGUACCUGCUGCCGAACUUGCUCCUAUUCCUGUUCCUGCCACUGUUUCUGCUGCCGUUCCUGCCACUGUUUCUGCCACCGUUCCUGCCAAAGUUCCUGACCCUGUUCCUGACCUUAUUCCUAACCCUGCUCCGGUCCCUGUACCUGCCCCAGAAUCUGCAAGUGCUACUUCCCCGGCUGAGUUGGACUGCAUUGCCGCCUACGUAACGUUGGCAAACAAUGGCGAAUGCUGCACCGAUGAUGAUACCAUGGCGGGACCGUGUAGCGUUGUAGCCGCACACGAGAUCGUUGUGGCCUCCAGUAAUGUACCUGUGUAUUUGCUCAAUGGCGAAAGUCGGGAUGUGAUGACGCCGGUACCGGCAUCCUUCGCCAACGAUGCGGUUGCAACCGAACCGUAACAUUCGAUUCAUGAGAUGGUGCGCGAGACACGUAUGUGGAAUCUAACUGGCCGUUGGCUGCUUUUAACUUUAGUCUAUAAUAUAUACGUAUACACAUAUAUCUCUAUAUAUUUUUGUUGAUAUUUUAAUGAAGCCUGUUUAAAAUAUUGAAAGGAAUAUUUCGUAAUAAUUAAUUUUAAGAGUAAUUUAAUGAAUUGUUGAACUUUAUCAUUAAUUGACAACAUCAUUUUGCGUAGUAUUUGCCGAAUGGACAAUGAUCCAAAGCUUUAAGUUUAUAUGUUUUUCGUUUUUAAACUGUAAUAUAUAUGUAUAGAUAACAUGUUGUUUUUAAAUUUUUAAUUUUGUCCCAUAAUUUUUGAAACCCGGAUGUCCAAUGCAAUAAGUAUCCUUAAGCAUACUUAAAACAUGAGAUUAGUCACAAUUGUUCUGGAUUGAUAUUUUAC